AUGGAGGGAGUGGAUUACUUAGCUGACGAGAGGAAGAAGGCAAAGUUCGAUGUGGAAGCUAUGAAAAUCGUCUGGGCUGGUUCUCGCCACGCCUUCGACGUCGCUGAUCGCAUUUCCAAGCUCGUCGCUAACGAUCCUGGUUUUCGUAAGGAUAACAGACCUAUGCUCAGCAGAAAAGAACUGUUCAAAAACACUCUUAAAAAAGCAGCUUAUGCAUGGAAACGAAUCAUUGAACUUCAUCUAUCUGAAGAAGAGGCAUCUAGGUUAAGGUUCUAUGUUGAUGAAGCUGCUUUUACUGAUCUUCAUUGGGGAAUGUUUAUACCUGCAAUAAAAGGACAGGGCACUGAGGAACAGCAACAGAAAUGGUUGCCACUGGCAUAUAAGAUGCAAAUAAUUGGCUGCUAUGCACAAACUGAACUUGGUCAUGGUUCCAAUGUACAAGGUCUUGAAACCACUGCAACUUUUGAUGCACAAACAGAUGAGUUUAUCAUUCAUAGUCCUACACUGACUUCAAGCAAAUGGUGGCCCGGUGGCUUGGGUAAAGUCUCCACUCAUGCUGUGGUGUAUGCUCGUCUUAUAUUAGAUGGGGAAGACCAUGGCAUACAUGGUUUUCUUGUCCAACUGCGGAGCUUGGAUGAUCAUUCACCUCUUCCGGGCAUAACAAUUGGUGAUAUUGGAAUGAAAUUUGGAAAUGGAGCAUACAACACCAUGGACAAUGGGGUAUUAAGAUUUGAUCAUUUGCGCAUCCCAAGAAAUCAGAUGUUGAUGAGGUAUGAAGAUCCCUUGAUCUGUCUUGUUUAUUUUGGUUAA